CGGAAUACAAUCGCGAGAAGCGAUCCCGUCUUGGGGAAAGCGAUUGAUCUCUUUCGAUCCACGUCCGGUCGACAGGGGACAUGGAGAAUUUGAUAUCUUUGGUGAACAAUAUCCAGAGGGCUUGCACCGCCCUCGGAGAUCAUGGGGAGGAGAGCGCCUUGCCGACGCUGUGGGACUCCCUGCCUGCAAUUGCCGUCGUCGGCGGGCAGAGCUCAGGUAAGUCGUCAGUGCUGGAAAGCAUAGUUGGCAAGGAUUUCUUGCCAAGGGGUUCAGGAAUUGUUACUCGCCGCCCCCUCGUACUGCAACUUCAUAAAAUUGAUGAAGGGAGAGAAUAUGCAGAGUUUAUGCACCUUCCCAAGAAGAAGUUCACCGACUUUGCUCAAGUUAGGAAGGAGAUCGAAGAUGAAACUGAUAGAGAGACCGGCCGUUCAAAGCAAAUCUCCUCCGUUCCAAUUCAUCUAAGUAUAUUUUCUCCUAAUGUUGUAAACUUGACACUCGUUGAUCUACCUGGACUUACAAAGGUGGCAGUUGAGGGUCAACCUGAGAGCAUUGUAACUGAUAUCGAGAAUAUGGUCCGUGCAUACAUUGAAAAGCCUAAUUGUAUCAUUCUUGCAAUUUCUCCAGCCAAUCAGGACCUUGCUACAUCAGAUGCAAUUAAGAUUUCUCGUGAAGUGGACCCCAAGGGUGAGAGGACUUUUGGAGUGCUUACUAAAAUUGAUCUUAUGGACAAGGGCACUAAUGCAGUUGAUAUAUUAGAAGGAAAAUCAUACAAGCUACAAUUUCCAUGGAUUGGUGUUGUUAACCGUUCCCAAGCUGACAUUAACAAGAAUGUCGACAUGAUUGCUGCCAGAAAUAGAGAGCGUGAGUAUUUUGCAAAUACACCAGAAUACAAGCAUCUUGUAAAUAGGAUGGGUUCAGAGCAUCUGGCUAAAAUGAUGUCAAAGCAUUUGGAACAAGUAAUCAAGUCCCGAAUUCCAGGCAUUCAAUCUCUGAUAAGUAAAACUAUAACUGAACUUGAAAUGGAGCUAAGCCGUCUCGGGAAACCUAUUGCUGCAGAUACAGGAGGAAAGUUGUACGCAAUUAUGGAAAUUUGCCGUGUUUUUGAUCAAAAUUACAAGGAACACCUUGAUGGCAUGCGUCCUGGUGGUGAGAAGAUUUACAAUGUUUUUGACAGUCAACUCCCUGCAGCUCUAAAAAGGUUACAGUUUGACAAGCAUCUAUCAAUGGAGAAUGUAAGAAAAACUGUUACUGAAGCUGAUGGAUAUCAGCCUCACUUGAUAGCUCCUGAACAAGGAUAUCGUCGCCUUAUUGAAUCUUCUGUAGUCUCAAUAAGAGGCCCUGCAGAGUCAGCUGUUGAUUCAGUUCAUGCUAUAUUAAAGGACCUGGUCCAUAAGGCUAUCAAUGAGACACACGAACUAAAGCAAUACCCUACUUUGAGAGUUGAGGUUGGGAAUGCUGCUGUUGAAUCUUUGGAGCGUAUGAGGGAAGAAAGCAAGAAAGCGACCCUAAAGCUGGUAGAUAUGGAAUGCAGUUAUCUGACUGUCGAUUUCUUUCGGAAGCUUCCCCAGGAUGUAGAGAAAGGCGGAAAUCCAACGCAUUCUUUAUUUGAUAGAUAUAAUGACUCUUACCUUAGACGUGUAGGAACUACUGUCUUGGCUUAUGUCAAUAUGGUAUGUGCAAGCUUGCGGAACUCCAUACCCAAAUCCAUUGUUUACUGUCAAGUACGUGAGGCCAAGCGCUCCUUGCUCGAUCAUUUCUUUACUGAUUUGGGAAAAAGAGAGGGGAAGCAGCUGGGAAAGUUGUUGGACGAAGACCCAGCAAUAAUGGAACGUAGAACUGCCCUUGCGAAGAGGUUGGAGCUGUAUAGAAGUGCUCAAGCUGAGAUUGAUUCGGUAGCAUGGGCCAACAAGUAGAGACUAGAGAGUAGAAUUCCAACUCUCUUUCCUUUUCCUUCUCUUUCUUGUUUUCUUCCUCGCUCUCCUGAGUCUAGGAGAUGCCUAUUUUGAUUCAUUUGCUUAUGACUUGAUGUCCUUGAAUCAAUAAUUAUGAUUUAUCAAAUUUUGCACCUUGAGCAAUA